CAUUCACGUGUGCAAUUUGUGGAUUUGUAAUUUUGUUUUUCAUUGAAUUUAUCCCCAUAAUAUCGCCAUGGGUAAAAAGCGAAAGCUAGAAACGAAACCACAGGAGGCCCAAAAGUCUUCACCGGUAGAAGUUAUUGUUGAGGAUUUGGACUCACACCCGUUGUGCCUGCAUGGACCUACACUGCUGUUUUCUAGUGAAAAAGGCCGAUAUUUUGCCUGCUCUCUGUGUCGGAGCAAGAAGAACUGUACAGUGCACAUUGACGAGGAAGAUUGGCAGAAAGAAAAUGUCAAGAAGAGGAACGAAAAGUACUACAGCUUAAUUCCCAAACUUGAUAAGGGUUCAGCAUGGAGCAACUUGAAAGAGGUGAAAUCUCGGCAUUCGUCAGAUAGAGCCUACUGCAACACCUGCCAAGAGCUUUACAUAGUGUCACAGAGCAGGAAACACAUCAAAGACCACAGAGUCAUCACUCCCUUGUCUGAUGAACAGUUGGCGAACGCAACAACAUGGCUGCCAGCAUUAGACAAUGACACCGUUGAAGCCCAGUACUUGUUUAGCAAGAAGUCUGUCAGCACAGUUCUUGGCAUUCUUGAAAAUAAUAAUAUCAAAAACAUUCUAUGCAUUGGUACUCCAUCUAUCCAUGAGGCAGCCCAGGCUGAUCCUAGGCUCAACUCGAUACUGUUGGACUUUGAUGCAAGACAUGCCCUGUUUAAUCACCCUGGAAAGUUCCUGUGGUACAAUAUGUUCAAUAACUACUUGUUUAAUGGCAAUGAUGAUGAGAAGGUGCUUAAGAAGUUCUUCAAGAGUUCCAGGGAAGGAGGCUUAUGUGUGGUGAUGGAUCCGCCAUUUGGUGGCCGUGUGGAACCACUAGUGCAUACCUUAAAGGAGCUCUCGGCCACAUACAGAAGGCUUUGUGAUAAACCUGACGAUGAAAGUCUACCGGUGCUGUGGGCUUUCCCUUACUUUGCAGAGCCCUACAUUAGGAACAUCAUGCCAGAAAUGAAGAUGCAUGAUUAUCAGAUUGAAUAUGAAAACCACAAGAAAUUCCACAACAAAGUAAAGGGUCGUAAAUUUGGAUCUCCAGUUCGUUUCUUCACCAACCUCCCAUUGCUUACAAUUGAUUUAUCCAACGACAAGAACUACAAACUCUGUGACAAGUGCAAAUACUGGGUGUCCGCAACCAAUAAACAUUGUGGCAAAUGCAAGGAGUGUACGAGCAAGAAUGGAAUGACGUAUAAACAUUGUAAUACUUGUCAACGAUGCGUGAAGCCGACGUUCUUCCACUGUGAAGAGUGUGGGAGAUGUUGCCAACAGAAAGGUCAUGUUUGUGGUGUGGUUGUGGAGAGCCAGUCUUGCUACAACUGCCAUGAAAAAGGCCACAAGAAAUCAAAUUGCCCACAACUUGAAGGGACCCCUAAGAAAAAAAAAGAAGAGAGUUCAUGCGUAAUGAUUUAUUUACAACAAUAAAAAAUCUCUAAGA